UUUGUAGCUGCAGUAUCCCAGUGAUGCAAAAUUAUCUGGUGACCCAAGAUGACUCUUUUACCAGGUGAAAAUUCAGACUAUGACUACAGUGCUCUGAGCUGUGCUUCAGAGGCCUCCUUCAAUCACCCUUUCUUGACUGAAACAGAGACGCUUAAGGGAGUUUUCUACCAAAGAGCCAAACUAAUCCAUCCUGGGGCAGACCUUUAUGAAAGUAUUCGUCCAGAAGACCGAAAACAUCACAUCAUCAUCAAUGUGGGAGGGUUUAAAUACUUGCUCCCAUGGACCACCCUUGAUGAGUUCCCCAUGACACGCUUGGGCCAGCUGAAAUUUUGCAACAACUUUGAUGAGAUCCUGAGUAUUUGUGAUGAUUAUGACGUGACCUGCAAUGAGUUCUUUUUCGACCGCAACCCCGGGGCAUUUAGGACCAUCUUGACUUUCCUGCGGGCAGGGAAGCUUAGACUCUUGAGAGAGAUGUGUGCCCUUUCAUUCCAAGAGGAGCUGCUAUACUGGGGCAUUGAGGAAGACAACCUGGAAUGGUGCUGUAAGAGGCGGUUCCUGCAGAAAAUGGAGGAGUUCACGGAAAUGAAUGAAGCAGCAGACGACUUUAUAGACGGUGAAAACCCUUCCGAUGCAGUGGAGGAGACGAAAGGCAGCCUCUGCAUGAAAAAGCUGCAAGACAUGGUGGAGAGGCCACAGUCCGGCAUUCCUGGGAAGGUGUUUGCCUGCUUAUCAGUCCUGUUCGUGACAAUUACUGCUGUCAACUUGUCCAUCAGCACCAUGCCUAGCUUAAGGGAAGAGGAGGAGAAAGGUGAAUGUUCUCAGAUGUGCUACAACAUUUUCAUAGUGGAAUCUGUCUGUGUGGGAUGGUUUUCUUUGGAGUUCCUUCUGAGGCUCAUCCAGGCACCGAGCAAGUUCACGUUCCUAAGGAACCCAUUAACCUUGAUUGACAUAGUGGCCAUCCUGCCCUAUUACAUCACGUUAUUAUUAGAUACCACUUCGGUGAGCAGUAACAAAAAGCCAACCUCUGGCAACAUCUACUUGGACAAAGUUGGCCUGGUGCUCCGCAUACUACGUGCCUUGAGGAUUCUGUAUGUCAUGCGGCUGGCCAGGCACUCCCUAGGCCUGCAGACCCUGGGGCUCACUGCCCGCAGGUGCACUCGUGAGUUUGGCCUCUUGCUGCUUUUCCUUUGUGUAGCCAUUGCACUCUUUGCACCUCUCUUGUAUGUGAUUGAAAACGAAAUGGCAGACUCUCAGGAGUUCACCAGCAUCCCCGCUUGCUAUUGGUGGGCUGUGAUCACCAUGACAACAGUGGGCUAUGGUGAUAUGGUACCCAGAAGCAUCCCAGGCCAGGUGGUAGCACUGAGCAGCAUCUUGAGUGGCAUCCUUCUCAUGGCCUUUCCUGUCACAUCAAUCUUCCACACGUUUUCCCGUUCAUACAUUGAGCUGAAGCAAGAGCAGGAAAGAAUCAUGUACAGGAGGGCACAGUUCCUAAUGAAAACAAAGUCCCAGUUAACCAACGCAUCACAAGGGAGCGACAUAUUUCCAAGUAUCUCUUCAGAGACCAGGGACAAUCACUGAAAUGGAAGUUUCCACAUCGGCCUGUUGCUGAGCAAACAGUAAUAUUUCAGCUUGGCAUUUGCUUCAGGAGGCACUGGGGAGAUUUGUAUUGUAGAAAUAACAAUCAAAGGGAUUUUAGCCAUUCAGAAAGCAGAGUCUUAUUUUAUUGUAAUGCAUAUUAGCAUUAUUAUUUGGGGGUGGGGUUCUGAAUAGUUUGCACAGUUGAUGUGCAAGAUUAUAAAAGUAAUUUUUAAAACGAUAUAUAGUAACAGGUUGUGCUAACAGAAAGGAAAAUAGUGUAAAAUGAGCAUAGCUCUUGUAACAUAAAGAGGCAAGCCUUUUUCCAGGAAAAGAACUAUGAAUAUCAAUAUUUUGAUCAUUUUGUUAAUUGGCUUUUUUGUUCUUUGUUUAUACCAGUCCAUGUGAUUUAGAACCUCUCAUGAGAACCAAAUUAAUACUUGGGAGGAGUAACUCCCUUACUUGUGUCAGAGUUAAACAUAUGAGUCACACUGGCAAAAACAGUCAAGUUUUCUUUAUAUGUUACUCAAAGGCCCCUUUUUUAGUUUCCUUUCUGUGUUCUGACCAGCCUCAGACCUCUUAGCUUCAGGUACCAAACACAACAAGCAGUUUCAGAUUAUUUUCUGGGCCAAAAUAAGCAG